UAAUUCUCUUAAUUUCCUUAUUUACUGGACAAAAUUUGAUUUUGGUACUGCGAUCCUCUGCAAAGCCCAUAUCAGGUCGUACUUAAGCACUAUUUGCUGCUAUAUUCAAAUCUCAGUCAGUUAGAGCAUUAUGAGAUGGAUGGUAAAUAGACUUCUACUGGAUGAUGAACUCUGUUAAUAUAAACAAAGUGUUGUAGGUGUUAGUAGUAUCUGAAUGCAAAAAAAAAGAAAGAACUGGUAAUGGCUUUUUUACCUCUUUGUCAUUCAUAUUUCUGCGUUUACUGAAUCACCUGACUGCUACUGCAUCACAUGUUAUUUCAGUUAACAAUCCUUCCUUCAUUAUUGAUGUUUCUGAGCAGUUGACUAUCGUCAUUCAGCAGUUCCUGCUCUAUGUGUAGCCACUAUACACCAGUAUGGUUAUAGGCCUGAAGAUGAUCAUGUGAUGAUUGAAAGUGUUCACAUUUUAAUAAAUAUGCCUUGCAAGUUAAACUCUUAUAUUGAUUUUUGCAUUGCUAAUGAUGCCGUGUUUGGUAACAAAGGGCUACGGACUGUAGGCCUUCAAAGUUUCUUUGUUUAAAGAAGAAUUUUGGACAAGGGCAUUUGUGGUUAGCCAUGACAUAGCUCCAACUUUCAUUUGGCUGUAAUGUUAAUUAUGUGUUUGAAUAAUGACUUACAGUUAUGCCUAAUAAGCUUACUAAGAGCCGUAAGGUGCAGCCUGUGUACAUACUUGUCCUUACUUUCUGAAACUAACAAAAUAUAACCUAUGUCAUUAGCUGCCUACAAGUUGGUACUGCAAACACUUACAUUUUGUUGAGAUGAGACUCUAUGGCGUGUUGGUUUGCAUUGAUACAUAGCGGUCGAAUCCUCCCUCUGUCAUGCUGAUUCGUUGUUGUCCUUGCAAGUUCUUCGUGUCUAUAGCUGUCACAGUUUGAACAUGCCGCAUUUGGUGUGGCAUCUCUCCAGUCACUUCAUGAUUGGUGCUUGCGACAUUUCUGUUUCAACUGCUGCACUACGUAGUUGAUUCUGCAGUGUUGGUGCAGCAUUGAUGCUACGGUCAUCACUGUACAUAGUCAUCAUGAGCACUGACCAAAAACAUAUAUUGUUUUGCUACUGUCAAAUCAGUCAAAAUUUAUCAAAUUAUGAUGAGUUAUGUGUGUCAUUGAAUUGUUAGGGAACUCAUGGCUGUUGUAUACAUUUUUAAUAAGAAGCUGGGCUGUUAUGCAACAGACACUCAUACAGGGUGAACAUUAAUAAAACUGAUAAAUUGCAGGGGCGGUUUCCUGACAAGAAAUGGAGGAAAAAGGUCCAAUGAACAUUUGUUCAGAAAUGGACAGUGCCUGUGCAACAACAACAAAUCAUCGCGGAACACAAUAAAGAGCUGCAUUGCAUCCAUGUCACAACAGACAUUGCAUUCAUGUCACAACAGAUGUUGAAAUUGGCCUCUUUGGUAGCGAUGGUCAUGCGGGAUACAUAAAAUUGUACUUUGACUGACACCAUGUUUGUGGGCCACUUGUCUGGAGCUUGUGCUAGUGUUCCCCUCAAUAUUCUGAGGAACAUUCAUUUGUUAGUCCACAUGCUGUGGCUGUGAUGGAUUUCCAUAUACAUGUUGAUAGGACCUUUUUUUCCUCCAUUUCCAGUUAGGAAUCCAUCCUUGCAGUUUGUUGGUUUUAUUAAUGUUCACCCUGUAUAUAGCCUUAAUUGAUAGUUACUUAGACUUUGUUGUGAUGAACAUUUUCUACACUUUAGGAAAGAAAAGAGGUGAGUCUCUACUGCCAGAUAGAAAAGAAAAAUACAUGGCACAUACAAACAGUUUGGUAAUACACUGGAGCCUUGCGAUGGAGACUUGCAAAGAAUGCAGUAGAUUACAACAAAGAAUUGAUAUUUCCCUUACUAUUACUGAAAUGUAUUCGUGGCUUUUGGAUUCAUAUGUCCUGGACUAUUAUGUAGACAAGCACUGGCAAAAACUGCCACCAUCUUGGCAAAAUACUUUUAAAGAUGUUGAUCCUCAAGAACUCAGUUCACUAAUAAAUAAUCAAACCAAUGAGCUGAGGUCCAAGAGACCCUGGCCACUUAGCUUAUUGACGUUAAGGUACUUGUUAGUGAAACUGCCACUGUCAAGGAAACAAGUGGCAGAAAGCUUUCAAGCACAUCUUGUGUCACACUGUCACGGAAAGAAUUGCCAUGAACAUAGAACUGAAAUAAAAGUACCAUCUGUUUUAGCACCUAUAGCCAAAGUUAAUGAAACAUCAGGAGAACAUCUAAUUUCUAAAGUAGAUAAAGUCUUGACAAGACAUGUCAAACCAAAAAAGCAGUAUGAAAUAAAUUCGAUGGCAAAGGUAACUGCGCAAGCAGCUGAACAUUGUGAUGUGAAGUUGAUUGUGGACGUCGGAUCAGGACUGGGACAUUUGUCACGAAUGCUGGCAUACAAAUAUGGGCUUCAGGUGUGCUGUAUAGAAGCUCAAGGUAACCUUCUGGAACAAGCAAGGAUUUUAGAUAACGAUACAGAGAAGUACUUGUCAAAAUACUUAUCGGCCGAAGAAAUGAAGAAGUUAUGUCGACCAGUGCAUAUAAAUGCUGUCAUUGAUUCACAAUUCACAGCCCUUUCACUCAUGAAGGAACUGAGGAAUGCAUAUGGAAUUGGUGAAAAUGAUUUAAAAUUUGGAAUAAUAGGCUUACAUCCUUGUGGUGAUUUGGCGCCUAUUUUAUUAAAGCUCUUUACUGAUUGCCCUGAUGCUGUAUUCAUCAAUGUUGUUGGAUGUUGCUACAUGAAAAUAUCAACAAAUAUUGAAGGUACACCAAAGUUCAUGGGCUAUCCACUAAGCACUUUUGUAUCCAAGAGGCCACAUAUGUUGAGUUUUGAAGCACGUGAAAUAGCAUGCCAUGCAAUAGAGACAUACAGAGAUCGUCUUCAUGCUGGCGAUUAUGAAAAUUUAAAAAUUCAUUGUUUUCGGGCUCUUCUUGAGAAGAUUUUGGUCAAGCAUUGGCCUCAUUUACGGCACUCUGUUGUUAAAAGCAUCAAACAUUACAGUGGCCUGAAUUUUCGAGACUACUGUGAGAUUGCCACCGCAAGACUUGGUGUGAAAAUACCAAGUGAAGACUUCUUCUCUGAGGAAACUUGUUUAAACCUGUCUGAGUGGAAAAAAGUUGUCACAUUUUACACUCUUCGUUUGAUGUUGGCUCCAUUAGUGGAAACAAUAAUUCUCUUGGACAGAUUACUUUUCUUACAAGAACUAGAAAUUGGCAGUGCCUUGAUUCCUUUAUUUGAUCCAAAAAUUUCUCCAAGAAAUCACAUUCUCAUUGCACUGAAGCAUUUCAAGUUUUAGCAUCUUAUGUGAUUUCAACAUGAUGAAAAUCAAGUAUGCAAAGAACAUGCAGAUUGUUACCAUUUUCUGUUAUCUUUACAUUUAGUAUAGUGCUAACAAUAAAGACAAACUAUUUCAGGGAGAAAAAUAUAGCAUAAUAUAUACUGUAUGUUUCCAUUUGUACUGCAAGAGAUUCACUGCAAAUAUAUUUUUUACUGCAUAAUA